AUGUCACCGGUAAUGUGUGCGGUGGCAACACACACGAACGAGUUGGACAAUCUGAUGAAGCAGUUCUUCGCCAUUGAAGAUCUGAGCAACACACCGAGUUGGAGCAUCGAGGAACGAGCCUGUGAGGAUCAUUACACGGCAACCACCACACGAGAAGAGGAUGGCAGGUACAUGGUUCAGCUUCCACGCAAGCCAGAGAUGAUUGGCAAGCUUGGCGAUUCAAGGACUAUCGCACUUCGACGGUUCCUAGCACUAGAACGUCGACUUCAACGGGAACCCGACACCCAACGUGCCUACGUGGACUUCAUGGAUGAGUACCUUCGCUUAGGUCAUAUGAGCAAGGUGGCAGCUUCUUCAACGAACGAUGAAUCGUUUUAUCUACCACAUCAUCCGGUCUUCAAGAACGACAGCACCACGACGAAGUGUCGAGUGGUGUUUGACGCAUCGAGUAAAUCCUCAACGGGUGUGUCGUUGAACGACACACUAAUGGUCGGGCCGACCAUUCAACAAGAUGCCACUUCUAUUUUACUGCGGUUCCGGACUCAACCAAUCGCGCUUACCGCUGACGUCACAAAAAUGUACCGGCAGGUUUGGAUUCAUCCAAAGGACCGGUCACUGCAACGCAUCAUUUGGCGGAGUUCACCCAACGAUCCCAUUCAGGAGUACGAGCUCAACACGGUAACAUAUGGGACAGCAUCCGCUCCAUUCCUGGCAGUCCGCUCGUUGCAACAAAUCGUAGCGGACCAUGGAGGAGAGUUUCCAGCCGCCGCAGAACGUUCCUGUGACUUCUAUGUAGAUGACUUCGUUUCCGGCGGGCAAUCAUCUGAAGCGGCGCAGAUGCUGCAGCUGCAAACUGAGCAACUUUACGCAAGUGCAGGAUUCGAGCUGCGGAAGUGGGCGUCCAGCGACCCAUCAGUACUCCAGAACGUGAACCAGGAGAAGUUAGCAUCCAGCCCUUAUACUACCAGUGGAUCGAAGGGACUUCUCGCCACCCUCGGGUUGAUUUGGGACCCAGCAUCUGACACGUUGCAGUUCAAAAUCAACACCCCAUACGUGAUUGGGGCAAUCACCAAAAGAAAGGUGCUAUCGUGCAUCGCCAGGAUCUAUGAUCCUUUGGGCAUCGUCGAUCCCGUAAAAGCCAUGGCCAAGCAGUUCCUCCAACGCAUCUGGACCCUGCAAACGGAACAGCAACAGCCCUGGGGAUGGGAUGACGAGUUGCCACAUCAUCUACAAGGAGAAUGGAUCAACUUCCACAACCAGUUGAUACAUUUACAAAAUCUACACAUUCCUCGUGUAGCCAUCAGGCCAGAUUCGACAUCAAGCCAGUUCCAUUUUUUCUGCGAUGCAUCGGAAAAGGGAUAUGGCGCAUGCUGCUACAUCAGAAGCCGAGAUGACAACGGAAACAUCACGAUGCAACUGUACGCGUCGAAAACUAAGAAUCAGGUACCUCUCUUCAAGACGCGCGUGAAGCGUGAAAAGUGA